ACGGUGUGCGCGGUGAAGGAGGACCACAAUAUCCAUCGAAUGGUUGCACCAAUAUUUCAUCACGAAUUGAUUUUUAACAGUGGUAAAAUAAAAAUAGUAUCUCGGUAUCAUGGCUGAUUUUCGUUCACCAAAAAACAACAGCGAGUGUGAGAAGGCUUGGUUUUCGAAAAAAACUACCCCACGGAUAACACCAUACAGAGUGGAUUUAACAAAAUAUGAGGGAUGGCGAGAUUCAGUGCUGGGGGCUCCGCGUCGACUUCUUGUGUCUCUUGGCAGCUUUUCAAGAACCGCGUCACCAAGCCCAGCGAAGGAAGAUCUACCAAAGCUCCCGGUACCGGACCUCGAAUCUACUAUGCAAAAAUACCUCGCCCAGGUCGAAGUGAUCGCCCCGAAGUGUUGGGAGAAGACCCAAUCUAUAGUGAAAAGUUUUUUGGCAGGACCUGGUCCCAAGCUUCAGCAACGCCUGUUGGAUCGUAGAGAGCAGACGAUAAAUUGGGCAACAGACCUCUGGCUCAAAGACAUGUACCUCUCCGUUCCUCUGCCACUGCCCAUCAACAGCAAUCCUGGACUGGUUCUUCAACCGAAGAAAUUCACAAAUCAACGAGAAGCCGCCUGCUUUUUAGCCAAAUUUUUAAACGGACUAUUCGACUAUCAGGAACUAGCGGACAGGGACGAAUUGCCAGUAGAGCGGCUGAGAUCAACCGAUGGAAAACCCGGACAACCGUUGUGCAUGAUGCAGCAUUACAAGCUCUUUAGCAAAUAUCGUCGUCCAGGAAAAGAAUUGGAUGAGCAGCUGGUACUGGACAGAGCAUCGUCCGGUAAUCACGUCAUCGUUGUAAAUCACAAUCAGUUUUACAGCGUUCCGGUAAGGGCUUCCGACAGAGGUCGUUUGACGGAGGCAGAAUUGACCCAACAAAUUUUAAAAAUAAUGGAAAUACCAGCUGACCCGAGAACGCCGCCGGUUGGAGUAUUGACAGCAGCAAGAAGGCCCUUUUGGGCAGCCGCAAGGGAGGAAUUGGCCAAAAACGAUUCAAACAGACGUAAUCUGGAGCUGCUGGAGCGUUGCUUGUGCAUCAUUUGUCUCGACGAUGACGUGCUUCCCACCACGUUCAAUGACUCAAUUGGUAAAAAAAGGGAGGUCGGGCACUGGAUCGGUGACAGAGACGAAACGAACCUAUUCCAUCACGCGUUGCAUGGCGGGGGCUCGAGACACCUGGGGGCCAAUCGUUGGUACGACAAAACGCUACAAUUCUUCUUGGGUAAGGAUGGAGCUUGGGGAGUGAAUUAUGAACACUCAGCGGCCGAGGCACCGGCAGUAUUUGGAAUAAUCGAAAGCAUCGAGAGCCAGAUAGCCGCGAUGUCGCCACCGGAUGAGAACACCAUUCCCAGUCAUCUUCCGGCUCCGGAAAAGCUGGAAUGGCAGCUGUCCGAGCAAAGUUUGAAUGACAUCAGAGAUGCGAUGACUUCGUUCGACGCAAUGGUCGAAGACCUUGACCUCUGCGUCUUUCACUUUACGGAGUACAACAAGGACUUCAUAAAGUCCUGCAAAGUCAGUCCGGACGUCUAUAUCCAGCUAGUUUUGCAGCUGACUUACUUCAGACUGCAUGGUACCUCGGUGGCAACUUACGAGAGCGCUGGGCUUCGGAGAUUUGCCUUGGGGAGGGUUGAUUGCAUCCGAUCAGCGAGUGUCGAAGCACUGGCUUGGGCCAAAGCGAUGUGUCAAGGUGACCCUGGCGACCAACCUCCGCUAUCCGCCGUGCAGCAAGAGGAAGGCGCCAAAAGAGACCAAAAGAUACGUCAGCUCUUUGAACUCGCUGUCAAACGCCAGACCAAGGAAAUGAACGAUAACGUUUCCGGUCAUGGAAUUGACAACCACCUUCUGGGGCUACGCGAGUCAGCAAAACAAGCCGGCGAUCCAGUUCCGGAGUUGUUCACGGACGAGGCUUACCGAAGAAUCAACCGUUUUGCACUGUCCACGUCACAAAUAACCACGCUGAACGAUAUAAUGGCCGGAUAUGGACCGGUAGUUCCAGAGGGAUACGGCUGCGCCUACAACUUCCGGAAAAAUGGUGUAUUAUUUUACAUCUCCGCUUUUCACAGCGACGGCCGUACAAGCACGUCUCGAUUCGCUAAGGCACUUGAAUCUAGCCUGCGAGCAACAGCCGCCAUGUUACAGGAUUCCCCCAAGUAAUUUAGCAGGAAGUUCAAUAAUUUCCAUCUGCAAAAAAAUGUAUGCCGCGAUUUCCAGGCUCAUUCGACAUACGGAGUAUGUUGUUCAAUUGCGGAUCGAUUGGAAAUUGCCGAACUUGAAAAACCGUCUCUAUGAAAUGAUACAAGGAUAGUUAUCUGAAUUCAAGUUUUAGCUUUCUUUUUUAGUUAAUGCAAUUUUAAAUGCAAGAAGAAGUACGAGAACAGAUAUAUAUAUAUAUAUAUAAUUCAGCUGUGAAAUUGGACCUCGUAUUCGUGACAAUUGUAACAAUGAAGUUGAUAAAUACCAAUUUUCUUGGUUGGCUGAUAUUUUUCAUUUUAGUUUAAUAUUAACGCAUCGUCGUUAUCCGAGGUAACCACGAGUAUCUUCUCAUCCUCGUAUUGAAAGGCAACUGUGGAAUAAUAUGUUUAACAGAACGUCAAUUAAUGUAAUUUAUAGCCAAUCAACGAUAUCACUAUUCAUAUUCACGCGUCGAGUUGUAGGGCACAGAAAAUAAAUGUUGUACGGUCUCCGUUCAUAGCUGAGUGAACGCGUAAUUAUGCGAGAAACGCGGUUACAUCUGAUCAGCCGAGUGCGUAUAAAGAUGAUCGUUAAUUUACACAAGUUCCUUCCACGAUCAUUGGUGAAAACAGAGUAUAUUUCGUAACAUUUCGUUGGUAGGUAUAUUACAAAAGGUAUAUCUAUCGAAUGAAAUUGGUGUGUAUAUAAAAGCAAAGAAGAGAGAAACGAAAAACGGAACAAGAAGAACAAGCUUAUUGUUAGACCAAUAUUAUUGUAACCUGAUACAUAUCAAUGAAAGUAUUUAAUCUGAAUAGAACUGAAUAAGUAUUAACGGAUCUAUAAUAUAUUAUUUAUUUAUUUCUUACGUAAGGAUUGUUGGUGAAACAAACAUUUAUAAUUAUAUAGAAAUAAUAGUAAAUAUACAGAUAUAAUAUAUAUAUAUAUAUAUAUAUAUAUAUAUAUAUAUAUAUAUAUACACGUUAUAUUAUCGGCGAUGCAAAUUAAUAUAGUAGUCGCAGCGUGUAGCAGGCAAUAUAGGUUGAUUGUUAUUUUAGCUGUUAUCUAGUCUUUCAAAAAAAACUUUCGAGCUCUCGAAAUUCGCCGAUCUAUUGUAAUUUCCGAGAAAAACGGUACGUAAUUCCAUCGAAACGAACGAUGAUACUCCGUGUAGAUAUAAUGAAAAAAAUUACCUACAAUCGGGAUGUCUCAAGAGGUUUGAAAAAGACAAAAAAUGCAAAUGACAAAAGGAGUUUCGUUUAGGCAGAUAUCACGUACUAAUGGUUCGGUCGUAAUUUCAAGAGCUCCAAGAGAUCUUGUCUAUUGCAGCAGCGUUAAGUGUAGCCAAUUAACUUGAUUGGCGCCCGCACAGUAAACUCUUGUCCAAUUCUUAGGUAGGUUGGCAGAUCGAAUCUUAUCCGUGAUCGCGAUCUCCGACGGUAGCACUAUUCUCUGUCUAUCACACUGUGUAAGCGUAAACGUAUGUCACGUAUCACUGUUCUUGUAAAAUUAUACGAAUUUACUCACUACUCAAGCCUGUAGGUCAACUGCAGUUAAGACGAAUCGGUUCGAUUAUAACAAGUUGUUAUUUAACCAGAAUAUUUGUGUCUCGUAAAUAGGUGCUGCGGAAUUUUACAAUUAGAUUAGGUUGUAUGAUAUUGCGAAAUAUAUGACACAGGCGUGUUUCUAACGGUCGACGAAUUACGUCAUGUUUCGUAACUUUGUACGACGUUUACCUGUUAAUUAUGUUAUCGAUUGUAUAUUUAAUUCUAUACACAUAUAUGUAUAUUUAUAUUUAUAUUUAUAUUGCUGAUUUGUUAUGUAGGUGAAAAAAAAAACACAACACAUUAUUCUAUGACACGAAAUUCUGUUCGUGCAGAUUUAAAUUUUACAUACUGCAUUGUUUACCCGUAUCAAAACAUUGUGGUAAAUUUCGAUUAGAUACCUACACUGUACGUUCAGCUCGAGGGUCAAAAUUACCGUUCUUAUUUAUUGGAGUAUAUUUAAAAUCUGGAUUUGUUUGAAAGAAACGUAUACUGGGAAUCUAGUGAGUGAUUAAAGAAUACGAAUCUACCCUGAGCUAUCAAAGACGUAGAUAAUAUACCUCAUCUAUGUAUCUGUUAAUAUUUGCGACGGACAGAAGCGAGAUAAUUUAAAUGGUUUUUAUCAUAUUGUGAUUCUAUCAAGAUUGCUGUGACAUUUUGUUGAAUACCAUUAUCGCGCAGCAAAACUUUGCGUUAUAACGUAAAAUGAUACUGUUGAUGAUCUGUUUGAAUUUAUUGAAAAAUAUUAAUUUAUUCGACUGUUAUAUUUAUUAGAUAUAUCUGUCUAGAAAAAAAAAUUUAUAAGACAAAUGUUCCUCAUAUAAUCGAACUAUAAACGAUUUGCUUGUAUAUCAUGGCUGUAUAAUAGUUAUGCAUAUAGAUUAUAAUAUGAUACACACUAAUACACGGUGUAUGCGGUAAUAUAUCAGUAGGAUAAUGAUGAGAAAGCUCUUAUACUCUCGGACGAAGAGUGCGACAACGUGUACUUAAAUUACAUUGUGUAGAUCGCAAUGAAGGCUAGAAAUCAUGUAUUGUCGUAACGGUUAAAGUAAUCGAUGUUCAAAUAUUACCCAGCUUUUAACAUACAUAUCUAAUAUCGUGCCGUCGAAUACGCAGUAAUAAUUUGUGAACAGUCUGCAUAAGCCUUGCAUCUUCGUAAAUUCUACAUUUCGCCUGGCUGCAGUAAUUUGUUGAUCCUAGUCGCGGUGAAAAAUUCUAUAAUACCAAAUCACGAUCGUGAAAAUGAAAAACAUUAAUUCUAUCAUUAAUAAAUGAUCCCGAUUUUCUAUACAUCUAUUUCUCACAGACUGCAGCUUGGCAGUUAUGAAUUAACAUUGCGUUACGAAUUCAAUACACAUUUCCGAUUGUUGAACAAAUAUAUUAUAAACUUUCCACAGCACUGUGUUGAGAUCCGAUGUGAAACUCCUGAACGAUAAGGUCUAAUAUGUGCGAUGCACUAAUUUCGGCCUGUAUGACCGCACUGAUUUGACAUUUAUUGCUAGUGCAAAAAAUUUAUACUGAAACGGUAUUUCACCACCCGUCUAAAAAGUACCAUACUUUUACAGAUUCACGGUGGAUUUUUCCAGAAAUAUUCCAGAAGUAAAUUAUGAAAUUAUACAAGGAUGACUAAUUUUAUCGGUUUGAUGAGCAAAUUUAUUUCAAUGUCAUUGUAAUUUUUGGAAAUUUUAUUUAUUAAGCUGUUUUUCGUUUUUUUUUUCUAAUUUUCGAAAGAAAUUCACAAAAUUUGUAACGAAAGAUUCGCUCAAAUGUUCUCACGCUAUAAUAGAAUUAAUCAUCUGCCGCUUCUUUACGUUCUUCUGCAACGUAUUUGAAGUUUGAAAACAUAUUUCGGAUUUCAUACGGAAACGUGGAAAGAAUUUUAUUUUUAUCUGGAAUUUCGUUUGAUCACGUGAAUUGAAAAGCUACAGCGUUACAUUGUAAUUGUAACAGAAGCGCUGUAACGUAUUACGAAAAUGGUCAAGCCGUAUAUACGUAGAUGUCUAUAAUAGCUAAGAGCAUGAGCUCAGAUAAAACGAUAGUCCUUAAAAGAGAUACCAAAUACAUAUCGCUAAUUAUUAUUGUAAUCGCUUCGAUGCGGCCAGGAAUAUCACGUACAUAUCAGGCGUAAAGCCGUUUCGUAUCAGUGAAUAAUUCUAUUACCUAGAUUAUACCAAUUACCAAUUAGAGUAUAACUGUACGCUAAUGUAUUAUUGUGAUGAAAGGGAGUGUGAAAUUCAUAUUCAAGUGAGGAAAUCAACGCAACAUAAGUAGUACGUCAAUUAAAAAAAAAAGAAAGAAAACGAACAUCGUUUCUUAAGUGAAAUACACUUCAAGUGUGGCAUUUGUUGCAUGUGGAAAAUCUGCAACUCACUGCAAUACAGUACAUUCAAAGUUCUUCGUUUAAUUGUUUUGUAUUUUCGCUUUUACAGGUUUCUAAGUCUUUUCAUUUUCACACAUGACCGUCAAUAUUUUCGUAAUAAAUGAAGCUAUGCAAAAUAUUUUCAGACCACACUCAAACACACUAUUAAAUGAUCAUUGCACUAUUGCACGAAAGAUAUUUCGUUGAACAGAAAUAGUGAUAUUCGAAAAAGAGUUGCAAGAUUUGUCGUUUCUUAAAGCGAACCCAACGCAGCUUCACCUUGUGAUAAGUAUCCGUACUGUAUUCUCACUGAAAUGUAACUCACACGUAACCACUUCCUGUUUGUACAGAAAGUAUACAAAUCAUACCUCUAAGAAGUAAAAUAUAUGAUAUAUACAUAUACAUGAAUGUACGCCUAUAAAUGUGAAUAAAGUUUGUUGCAAUAUUUAA